CACACCCAUCAAACUCUCCAGGAGGGAGGCAUUUAUUGCUUAUUACACAGGAGGAAAACCUUCAUCUUGACCAUUUAUUGCAGUUGCCAAAAGGACUAAAGUAGUCCAAACUGUGAAGUCUGUGAAAGACUGAACAUACCCUAGAACAUUCCAGGCACAGAAUGAUCUGGUCUGAACUGAGCUAAGGUGAAUUUGGCUUGGGAAAGAUUAACUCACUUUAGUUCCACCAUAGAGAAAUGAACUGAAUUCUGGCUAAACUGAACUGAUGUUGGCUGCUACACUUUAAUUUCUUCAAGAAUAUUCCUCUGUCUUCCAAACGGCUCUUUUCUGAGACCCUUUCCCAAGGGUCUUGAACAUUGUCUCAAAUCUCAUUAAGGAGGAAUCAUCUCCUCCUCCUCCUAAAAUCCUUCCGACCACUUUCUUCCAUCCAGAAUGGACCUCCACAGGGCAGCCUUCAAGAUGGAGAGCUCCUCCUACCUGCCCAAUCCCCUGGCAUCCCCAGCCCUCAUGGUCCUGGCUUCCACUGCUGAAGCCUCUCGGGAUGCCUCCAUUCCCUGCCAGCAGCCACGUCCAUUUGGCGUCCCAGUAUCUGUUGAGAAAGAUGUCCAUUUGCCAUUCAACAAUGGUUCUUACACUUUUGCAUCAAUGUACCACCGCCAAGGUGCAGUCCCACCAGGAUUCCCUAACAGGGAUUUUCCUCCAUCCCUCCUCCACCUCCAUCAUCAGUUUGCCCCACCUAACCUAGACUGCUCACCAAUCAGCAUGCUGAAUCACAGCGGCGUCGGCGCCUUCAGGCCUUUCGCUUCCCCUCCGGACGAUCGGGAUGGGGCACCGGGUGGCUAUCAGUCUGCUUUCACCCCAGCCAAGCGCCUCAAAGGCUGCCUGGAUGCAGAGGCUUCCCCCCACCUGCGGUACUCUGAUGCAGAGGGGAAAGAGUACGACUUUGGCGGUUCCCAGAUCCCUCCUGGAGGCUCACCCAGCAGUGCCUUGAAAGCAGUGGAGGACAGUGGGAAGAAGAUCUUCGCGGUGUCAGGCCUCCUGUCUGAUCGAGAGACAUCCUCCAGCCCUGAGGACCGCAUUGAGCGCUUCUCUCCUGUUUAUGAAGGUAAAAAGAAGAUGUCUCUGUACGACAGCCAGGCUCCAAUCUGUCCCAUCUGCCAGGUGCUGCUCAGGCCCGGAGAGCUCCAGGAACACAUGGAGACAGAGAUUGAGCGGCUAACUGCCAUAUGCCUCAGCAGUAAGAACCCCUCACCCAAGGAUGGAGCAGCCACUCCAGGAACCCCCAAGUCAAUGCUGUUGUCGGUGCACAUAAAGCGCGAGGGAGAGUCUCCCGUGGUCUCACCCUUGUCCUCUGAAGACAUCCACCACUCCGACAGAUACCAGACAUUUUUACGAGUUCGAGCAAACAGACAAACAAGAUUGAAUGACUCCCCAGCCCGUAUAGGGAAGAUGAAGAGGAGGAAGCCUGAGGAGGGGGGCCAGGUAUGUCCGCUGUGCAGUGCCCCCUUGGCUGGGAGCGAGGAGGAGAUGAGUAGACAUGUGGAACAAUGCCUGAUCCAGCGUGAGGGUGCGUUAGGUGAUGAUGAUUCUGCAGACAUGGAUGGAGAGAAUGGGCGGGGCUUUGAAGAGUAUGAGUGGGCGGGGCAGAAGAGGAUCAGAGCUACCGCUUUGCUGGAGGGAGGCUUCAGAGGAACAGGUUUUGCCACGUGUAGCAUCAAGGAGAGCGCGGCAGAUAGCGACGCUGACCUAGAUGUGGACGGAGACGACACGUUGGAGUACGGCAAGGCCCAGUACACCGAGGCUGAUAUAAUCCCCUGCUCUGGAGCUGGAGAGGACCAAGGAGAAGCCAGGGAGAGAGAGGCGUUACGGGGAGCCGUGCUCAACGGUGGGAUGCCUUCAAACAGAAUAACGCCUGAAUUCUCUAAAUGGGCCAACGACGAGAUGCCUUCAACGAGCAAUGGAGAAAGCAGCAAGACAGACCCCAGCACUCCUUCAUCAUCCUGUUCUUCCUCCUGCGUCCCACGCACCUGUAAAAACAGCGAGAUCGAAAAGGUAACAGAGGAGGAAUCCACGGCUACCACCAUGGAGGCUCUGAAGGCUCGAAUCAGAGAGCUGGAGAGGCAAAUACUGAGAGGAGAUCGAUACAAGUGUCUCAUCUGCAUGAGGAAGCCUGCUAUCCAGUCAGGCGCGGAGAUCAAGAGCCUAGGGGCGUGGCCAGGGCCCCGGCCACUGGCCAAUGAGGUCGGAGAGAGGCAGCCUAAGUCCCUCCCCCUCGGCCUGUACUGCCUGUACAGGGGCCUUGUGAUUGGUGGUUACGGCAGCGGCAUAAAGAGGCUCCUCCCACAGCCCCUACGGAGGGUUGCCGGUUCAGUUGCCCCCCAAGCUGCCUUGCUCAGUGGUUCUGUGGCUGUUGGCUGUGUCGUUCCAUGGACUCCUACACGAUGCCACUCACCUCCAUCCAGUGCUGGCACGUCCAUUGUGAAGAAUGCUGGCUCAGGACUCUGGGGAACAAGAAGCUGUGCCCGCAGUGCAACACCAUCACCUCACCUGGAGACCUGAGGCGUGUCUACUUGUAAAGAGCACACACACCCUCCCCACUCGCCUCUUCGUCCUACCAGACCAUUUCUCCUCAUCUUGGAUUUCAUCGCCCUCCCUGUUGAUCAUCCGUUGUUUCCCCCCCCUCUCGUGGUCCGGGACGGCAGCUCCAGACCCUCCCAGAGCGCACAGAGACAAGACGGCUGUCUUUCAGACUCCACUGGCUCUUUGAGGAGGUUAAAACUGGAUAAAAACUGAAUGACUGAGAGAGCACUCACUGACUCUCUGCCUAGCUGCCCAGCCACCCACGAAAAAAAAAAAAAAUGAAGACACAGAGACCGACUAUCCCACUGGUCACCAGGCUUGUUUUCCUCUGCCUCACUGACAUGACUUCCUGUAUAUGUAACACGGGGUGUCCGUGGAGACCCCCAACACCCAGCUUAGCCCUGCUGAGACCUAGCAGCUUCAUGCAGCUGGAGCUGAAAGGAACUUCUUAAUACAGAAUAUAAAGACUACUUUUUUUCUCCUCUAGCUCUUCUUUGACAUUUCAGUGGUGCUGGACAACAGGCUCUACCCUGAAGACUGGACAAAAAGCUUCUUCUUGUUUGUUUGUUUGUUUUUUUUUUCCUCCCCUAUUCCAGAGAGAAAACUCUUAUCUUAACGCCCCUGUUGCUUAUGAGAAUUAAAAAAGGGCCUGUCCACUAAAACUGAGCUUUCAACCAAACUGAGAAUAACCUCACAACCUUGAAAAGGAGUUUGAUACUCCUCCUCCUCCUCCUCCUCCUCUUCUUCCUCCACCACCUCUUCUUCCUCUCGCCAGCCCUUCCCUCCCCCGUCUUCCCUCUUUUGUGGUGUUCUAGUGAAGUAAACCAAAAUUUCUCCCCUUCCAAGAUGCAGUGCAAGCACAUGUAAUAUAGUUCUAUGUAUGUUUACAAUGUUGGGUGUAAAUGACAUAGAGUUCACACACACUUACAUGUACACACACAUGCACACACAUCAUCAGCAGACACACACAGAAGUAUAUAAUAUCAAAAGUCCUGUUUUUAGUUGGAAGGGUUUGGGAAUGAUGUUUGGGGAAAAAAAUGGCUGAACUUAAAUAAGCCUUCUGUAUUUUUAAAAAAAGAUCAUUCGGAGAUCUGUUGAAGUUUUAUUUGACUGUACAGGAAUAAAAAAUUUAAGUAAUAAUAAAGUACACAAGACUAGAUGGUCAAGAUUUAGGUGGUGUAAUUUUUCUGCAGAGUACCCUGGAAAAAAAAAGCAAGGAAAGUUAUUAUUUCAGUUUUCUCGAAUGGUGAGAUUCCUACACUGCAAACAAGCAGAAUGAUGGAAGUGCUGUUUAGUUGCAACAAUGUCCAACUGAGCCUCUUCUUUUAACCUCCAUAUCUGCUUCCUCGCAUUCAGAGUAACAUCACGCUCAGAUCAUAGUCUAGAAAACGUUUUGUUUUACCCCUACAUGUCUCAAAAGAAAGCUUUUUCCAUUGUUCCAUCAUUAUGCUAAUGCUGCAAAAAGGUCCCGAUGUGGCAACCCAGAAGGGCAGGUUUUCUUCUGAUGGAUGAAGGAAAUCUCUGGAAAGGAAGGAUGGCCAAGACUGAAAAUGGCAACCUCCAAAACCUGCAGCAUUUCCCUCCCACCCCCCCCUUCUCUUUACGGCAGAAGCAGCAGCAGCAGCAACCAAGGUGGUGGUGUGCUUUGUGUUUGUAAAACUAUGUAUUCUGUGACGUCUGUAUUGUUGUAAGAAAUGCUGAAAAAAAGGAAAAAAUAAAACUUCUCAAAUAGCA